CUGCUCCUGUUUGUCGGCGCCUGAUAAAGGAAGAGGUGCGAUCAAAGCCGAGACCUAGGCCGAGCUGGAGCUGACCACACUUGACUCGGGCCCAGAACUGGGCUCCAGUCCCGCGCGGACCGGACCGUAAGACCCCGGAGUGGAUGGAGUAGGCCCAGCCCUGAGAUCAACGCCAGCCCACUCUGCCUGGCUCGGGGCCCACAGGGCGGGCAGGCAGGCGGGCCGAAGCCGCCCAGGGCCUUACCUCGGUCCCCCGCGAGAGGGGCCUAGGCCACAGCCCUGCAACAAGGCCGGGCCUGGCCCCGUGGAACCGGAGUCGAUCCGACCAGACGUGGAGCCUUCACCGGGGCCAUAGGCUGUGACUAGGCUGGACCCGGGCCUCCCGUCGGGGCCGGACUGGAACGAGGCCCCGGGGAGGCCCUUAGCCUACUGGACCCUUCCCUCAGGCCGACGCCCUCAAGGAAAAUGCAGCGCGCCCUACCGGGCGCCCGCCAGCACUUGGGGGCCAUUCUGGCCAGCGCCAGCGUGGUGGUGAAGGCACUGUGCGCGGCGGUACUAUUCCUCUACCUGCUGUCCUUCGCCGUGGACACGGGCUGCCUGGCGGUCACGCCCGGCUAUCUCUUUCCACCCAACUUCUGGAUCUGGACCCUGGCCACACAUGGGUUGAUGGAACAGCACGUGUGGGAUGUGGCAAUCAGCCUGGCCACAGUGGUGGUGGCUGGACGUUUGCUGGAGCCCCUCUGGGGGGCCUUGGAGCUGCUUAUUUUCUUCUCAGUGGUGAACGUGUCUGUAGGGCUGCUGGGGGCCUUCGCCUACCUCCUCACCUACAUGGCUUCCUUCAACUUGGUGUACCUUUUCACCAUCCGCAUCCACGGCUCCCUGGGCUUCCUAGGUGGUGUCCUGGUGGCACUCAAGCAGACCAUGGGGGACUGUGUGGUCCUGCGAGUGCCCCAGGUGCGCAUCAGCGUGGUGCCCAUGCUGCUGCUGGGGCUGCUGCUGCUGCUGCGGCUGGCCACGCUGCUCCAGAGCCCCGCGCUGGCCUCCUAUGGCUUCGGGCUGCUCUCCAGUUGGGUGUAUCUUCGCUUCUACCAGCGCCACAGCCGAGGCCGAGGGGACAUGGCCGACCACUUUGCUUUCGCCACCUUCUUCCCUGAGAUCCUGCAGCCUGUGGUGGGGCUGCUGGCGAACUUGGUGCACAGCCUCCUGGUGAAGGUAAAGAUAUGCCAGAAGACAGUGAAGCGCUAUGAUGUGGGGGCCCCAUCCUCCAUCACCAUCAGCCUCCCAGGCACAGACCCACAAGACGCAGAGCGGAGAAGGCAACUGGCCCUGAAGGCCCUCAAUGAGCGACUGAAGAGAGUGGAGGACCAGUCCGUCUGGCCUAGCAUGGACGACGACGAAGAGGAGGCUGGGGCCAAGGCAGACAGCCCCCUGCCCUCAGACAAGGCCCCCACACUCUCAGGGAAGGGGGCUGCCCCAGAAUCCAGCCUGAUCACCUUUGAGGCAGCUCCCCCGAAGCUGUAACUCCAGACCAUCUUGAGUGUAGCACCUCCUCUCCCACGGCCCCCUUGACACCCUCUCAGCUGCUCUGAAGCGAGGGAAGAUGGUCUUCUGGGGACUUCCACAGCCUCCUGCUAUUUCUCGCCAACACUACCCAGGGCUCUGGCUGCCUGGUUCCAACUCCAGACCACCAUUAUGUCAGGCAUGGGGCCUCCGAGGCAUCAGCCGCCUGAGGUAAGACUGCACCUCAGCAGGCAGGCAGGCAGCCCAGGCAAGCGGCUGCAGGGACACUUGGCGCCACAGCUCCUGGGCCGACCCUCACACCUGACACUGGUUGCCGAGAGCCCUGAGCCAAGGCAAGGAUUUGCCAAAAACCUUCUGGGGGGUCCAGCCAGUGCAGGAGCCAGCACGGGGCUGCACAUCCCCACACCCCCCCAGGAGGACUACGUUCAUGUCAAGAUUCUGGUUCCCUCUGCUGUGGCCAGAACGGCUGCAGCUCCCAGGCAUUUUCUACAGGACCACUUGGGCGGGCAGCUUGGCCCAGCCGUGCAGUAUCAAUAAAGCAGUUCUUGGAGGUGUGGCUUCUGGGCUCUGUCCGACCACCUCGUGCAGCCCCCUCAUCGUGCUCGGUGCAGAGCGAGACAGGGACCACGCUCUAGGUUCCAGGGCUCAGGACCGUGGCCCCUCUCUCCCUCCUGGCCCCCGCAGGGAGGCCCUGCCCGGGGGAGCCGACGACUGAGGGCCUGUCUGUAGGGAACUGUUCUUACCCGUGGCUCGUCUCCAAGGCGGAGUGCCCGGUGCUUGACACCUGUGGAGACAGCCCGUCCCCAGCUCCGGUCCUGUCAUUGUCCAGAUCUAACCAGCACCGUGGGCAGCCGGGAGACGGAAAGGACACCCAGCUGCACCACUCCCAGCCACAGCCCUGGGGCUCUCUCAGGCCCUGGGUGGCAUGGGGUGCUCAGCAGCUGGAUCCUGGGGCUUGUGUGCUGGGAGAGCUUCAGCCCCUCGGCGCAGAAGCCCCGUCAAGCCCGUUGCACGCGGACGGUGUCAGCAAGAGCUAUCCCCAGCUUCAGGCUACUGUCUCCAUCCUGUCUUUUCAGUCUUUUUUUUCUUUUAUU